UCUUCCUCCGCAUGUGGCUGGCGGGAGCCGAGCAGCUCGGUUCGCGCACUCUUGGCCGGUCGCGUCUCUUCACGCCGCUGGAGCCAUGGCCAACCCGGUGACCUCCUCCGUGCCCAACGGCGACUGCGGCCGCUCCCGGGCGCGGCCCGGAGGAAACCGGGUGACGGUGGUGCUCGGCGCGCAGUGGGGUGACGAAGGCAAAGGGAAGGUGGUGGACCUGCUGGCGCAGGACGCCGACAUCGUGUGCCGCUGCCAGGGAGGAAAUAAUGCUGGCCAUACAGUUGUGGUAGAUUCUGUGGAAUAUGAUUUUCAUCUUUUACCCAGUGGAAUAAUUAAUCCAAAUGUGACUGCCUUCAUUGGAAAUGGUGUGGUAAUUCAUCUUCCUGGAUUGUUUGAAGAAGCAGAGAAAAACGUUAAAAAAGGAAAAGGUCUAGAAGGCUGGGAAAAAAGACUUAUCAUAUCUGACAGAGCUCAUAUUGUGUUUGAUUUUCAUCAAGCAGCUGAUGGGAUCCAGGAACAACAGAGACAAGAACAAGCAGGAAAAAAUUUGGGUACCACAAAAAAGGGCAUUGGCCCAGUUUAUUCUUCCAAAGCUGCUCGAAGUGGACUUAGGAUGUGUGAUCUUGUUUCUGACUUUGAUGGCUUCUCUGAGAGGUUCAAAGUUCUGGCUAACCAGUACAAGUCUAUAUACCCCACUUUGGAAAUAGACAUCGAAGGUGAAUUACAAAAACUCAAGGGUUAUAUGGAAAGGAUUAAACCAAUGGUGAGAGAUGGAGUUUAUUUCCUAUAUGAGGCCCUACAUGGACCACCAAAGAAAAUCUUGGUAGAAGGUGCAAAUGCAGCACUAUUAGAUAUUGAUUUUGGGACUUAUCCUUUUGUAACCUCCUCAAACUGUACUGUUGGAGGUGUUUGUACUGGUUUGGGAAUGCCUCCUCAGAAUGUUGGAGAAGUGUAUGGAGUUGUGAAAGCUUAUACAACUAGAGUUGGUAUUGGUGCCUUUCCCACAGAGCAAGACAAUGAAAUUGGAGAAUUAUUACAAACAAGAGGUAGAGAGUUUGGUGUAACUACUGGAAGGAAAAGAAGAUGUGGCUGGUUAGACCUUGUUUUGCUCAAAUAUGCUCAUAUGAUCAAUGGAUUUACUGCAAACUUUGGUAUCAUGAAGAGGUCCUUGAUGUGGUUUCCUUCCUCUUCUUUGACAAUUUCUGACCAGAAGGGUGGAGGUAUUGGUAACCAGAGUGAAGAACUGAGGGAUCAUGGCGUGUGUGUAAAUGUACAUUUAUCUUGUGAUCAUCCAUGUGGACCAGUUAGCACUUACCAAGUUGGAUAUUUUGGACACGUUUACAGAAAUCAAAGUUGCAGUUGCUUACAAGUUAGAUGGUGAAAUCAUACCUUAUUUCCCAGUCAAAUGGAUUGGUGUAGGUAAAUCCAGGGAGUCUAUGAUUCAACUGUUUUAAGAAUUGCCAAUAAUGCAAGAAACACUCCUUGAACAGGAGGGAAGAGACUUUCUUAAAUAUUUCAUUUAUGACCUGCAAAUUCAAGGGUAAAGACAUCGAAAUGAAUUUUAAGCUCUGCAGUGGUUGCCAGUCUUUCAAGAUGGAUGGCUGUUGUGGAGGUGAACAUUGGCAGGUUCCAGUGUCAGCUUUCCUUAGCUGGCAUAAUUGCUGAAUCAUUUAUUGCUCCUGCUGCUCCUGGUGCCAUGUUUUCUUUUAAUGUUUAGUAAUAGUAUAAUCCCUGUUGUUUGAAAUCUGAAACAAUUACUUUCGGCAUAGUUUUUUUCAUUACUGUCAUUGAGUGUUCCUAGGUUUCACCCCCAUUAGAUGGUAAGAACAAUUACUGCAGUUUUGCACAGAUAUUUUUACAUUCUGAUCAUUCACUUCUGACAUUGUUAUCUUUGCUGUUAGAUAAAAUGAUGAAAUGAUAGGGGUUCUAAAAACUUUUGUAAUGCUAUAAAUUCUGUUUAAAUUGUAAACUGUUUAUUUUCUGCUGAAACCAUUGCAAAAUUGAGCUUUGGCAGGGGAGAGGGGGUGAUAUUCAUGGAUCCUUUAAUUUGUACAGAACACAGAACUUACUCUCUCUGUAAAUUAUUUAAUACAUUGAACAUUUAAUUAAAUGUUCAAAGAGAAAAGAUGUUCCCCCAAACAAUAAUCUUAAUGUUAAAAAAAAAAAAAUUAGUCAUUAAAAGAUCUCUUGUGAUAUUUGGUGGAUAUUUUUCUUUAAUUUCAGACAUUAACUCUGAAAUGUAUAUCUUUCCUUUUUUUUUAUCUUACCAUUAUUUCUUAAUCUAGUGGAUUGAUUUUUCAACGUUGUGCCUGCCAGUAUGCCUACAAAAUCAUCUAUAAGUGUCCAAAUGAAUUCAAGUUGUUGGCCAUAAUUUUGAUCAUGCCUCUAUUUCUUCUUUCUUAAAAGGAAAAAAAAAAAAAAAAGAGGUGUUAUUUUGACAAUUAGGCUUAGCAUAUUAUGUUGUAGAUUCUUCUUCACUGAACUAUUUUACAUGUUUAAAUUAGGUGCCACUUAAAUUUAUUUUA